UGCACAUAACUUGCUGAAUUCUUGGAAACCCGUUGAAUUUUAAUCAGGUGAUAUACAUGACCAUACAUAUUGGUUAAAGAUUUUUUUCCUGUUUUUAUGUUUGCAUGCAGGUAGGUUUUUGAAACUGAGUUUUAAAUUGAAUAGAGAUAUUUUUCUAUUUUGUUUUCAAAUUUUCCAGAUAUUCUUGAUUCAUGUAUAAGUGAUUUAAGUCCACGGAGAUAAAAGAUGUGCAUUGUUAAUACUGGUUUCAUCGUGAAUAAUCUGCUAUCUUGAUAAAAAAAAUUACAUUUUGAAAUACUUUACUCAAAAUAUUUAAACAAAUUGUAACCAUCUGAUCCCUUUCAUACCCUUGUUUAGAUUGUUUGUGUGGGUUUUUUCCUUUGUUGGCUGAUGUUUUUUUUUUUAAUUCCAACCUAAGGAAAAACUACUGCAUGUACACAGACCUUUUGGAUAAUGGGGUAGUUUAUUCUAAGAAUACCAAAUUAACCCAGCAACUGGUGUCACUGCUAACAUGUAUUGGAGUGACCUUGGUUGAAAGUUACGAGCUGGACUGGAAAUAAAUCAUUGACAAAUUUUGUUUUGUUUGUUUAAAUCAAGGACACUAUGCACAUGAAAUGUCACAUAAAAUCAUAAGUGUCAGAAAUUAACGUAUACAUAAUUGCAUGUGUCAGAAUAAAAUGAUUAUUUUUUGGGCUGUGUUUGUAUAAUACCUGUAGUAUGUUUAACUUCAUGUGGCACAGCUUUGUUCUGUCACUUGUGAUAAAGUUAACAACAUAUGCAACAGCUGACUGCUACAAUCACAUGAUGAUGAUAACUUUUACCGCGAGUACCGACAUAACGUAUCGGUACUUUGUGUUUUCAUUGAUAUAGAAUAUUCCACAUGCAUUAAUUACCUGUACCAAGAGUUUGUGGAAAUAAGACAAGAUUGACAGCCAGGUAGUGUUGGUGUUACCUGUGAGAAGUCACUCAGGUAAGGAGUGGACACAUUCCCCUGUUGAGGGGCUGACUGUUUGUUCUGUGUGCACUACUUGUACCUGUAUAUUAUCUAAAUGUACUGAAUAAUUAGGCAGGGAAAAGUCCACCCAGAUUAUUUGUAAUAUUUGAUCACCCUUUGACUAAGGAGCCACCAAAACACCACCAAGAUGGGGUCACUGUUUCGCAGUGAGGAGAUGAAUCUUUGUCAGAUUUUCCUCCAAUCAGAAGCAGCUUACGCCUGUGUCUCAGAGCUCGGGGAACUAGGACUGGUGCAGUUCAAGGAUCUGAACCCUGAUAUGAAUGCCUUUCAAAGGAAGUUUGUGAGCGAGAUCAUGAGAUGCGACGAGAUGGAGCGAAAACUCAGAUACAUACACAAGGAGCUGAAGAAGGACGGCAUGAAGAUCCCAGACAGGGAUGAGAAUCCAAAGGCCCCAGCCCCCAAGGAAAUGAUCGACCUAGAGGCAACGUUUGAAAAGAUUGAGUCGGAGUUGAAGGAAGUGAACACGAAUGCAGAGGCUCUUCGUCGUAACUACCUGGAACUUACAGAGCUGAAGGAAGUCCUGAAGAAGACACAGAUCUUCUUCGAAGAGCAUGGUCGCCAUGGUAUUGUGGAUGAUGCCCAGCAUGCUCUUGUCCACGAUGAGGGCAGUGGAUUUGUUCCUAUCACAUCUGUACAACUCGGGUUUGUAGCGGGUGUGAUUCCCAGAGAGAAAGUGCCAGCCUUUGAGCGAUUGCUGUGGUUUGCGAACCGUGGAAACACCUUCCUGAAGUAUGACGAAAUCGAUCAACAACUAGAGGAUCCGGUUACGGGAGAUUCCAUAUCCAAGUGUGUUUUCCUGAUUUUCUUCCAAGGAGAGCAAUUGAAAGCCCGUGUCAGGAAGAUUUGUGAAGGAUUUAAAGCCACCCUUUAUCCCUGUCCUGAGACCACCCAUGAGAGGACGGAGAUGUUGAAUGGAGUGUCGACACGUCUGGAAGAUCUCAACUUAGUUCUGCACCAAACAGAGGACCACAGAAAGAGAGUGCUUAUGAGUGCCCAAAAAGAGAUACGACCUUGGAUUAUCAAGGUCAAGAAGAUUAAGGCCAUCUAUCACACCCUUAACAUGUGUAAUUAUGAUGUGUCUCACAACAGCCUGAUUGCUGAGUGCUGGACACCGGUCAGUGGGCUGGAGGAGAUACAGCAGGCACUUAAACAUGGCACGGAGCUGAGUGGUAGUACGGUUCCCAGCAUCCUCCACCGCAUGCAGACAAAAGAGACCCCACCCACAUACUUCAAAACAAACAAGUUUACACACGUCUUCCAGGCAAUCAUUGAUGCUUAUGGCAUAGCGUGUUACCAAGAAGUCAACCCAGCCCCUUAUGCUAUCAUCUCCUUUCCAUUCCUGUUUGCUGUGAUGUUUGGUGACUUUGGACACGGAUUUAUCAUGUUCCUGGCUGGACUUUGGAUGGUCCUCACGGAGAAGAAGCUGCUGGCAAAGAAAUCCGACAAUGAGAUAGCGAACAUGUUCAUCGGCGGUCGAUAUAUUAUAACCAUGAUGGGACUCUUCUCUAUAUACACUGGACUGAUCUACAAUGACAUUUUCUCUAAAUCUGUCAACAUCUUCCAGUCAUCUUGGCAUCCAAACUAUGAUUUUAAAACCCUGCAGAAGGAGGGAUAUUCUAGUCGGGUUCUGAACCCCCAGGAGCACUUUGACAACACCACCGGUCCAUAUCCUUUUGGAAUUGAUCCUAUCUGGCAAGCGAGUUUGAACAAGAUUACCUUCAACAACUCUCUCAAGAUGAAGCUUUCUGUCAUUUUCGGAGUUUCCCAGAUGUUGCUUGGUGUACUACUGAGUUUUGUGAAUCAUGCGUAUUUCCGUCGCCCCCUGAACAUCUUCUGUGAGUUCAUUCCCCAGUUGAUCUUUCUCGUGUGUCUGUUUGGUUACCUGGUGGCUGUUGUUGUCUACAAGUGGAUUGCCUUCAAUGCUGAUUGUACACAGUAUGCUCCUCAGCUGAUUAUCCAGUUUAUCAACAUGUUUCUGCUAUCCUACACACCUCGUGACAGACCAGCUAAUUUCACUGGUGAUCUUUACGCCUGCUCUCGCAUUGAACCGACGUCCAUCAAUGCUACAUCCCAGACCGUGUUCUACGAGUACCAGCAACCCAUUCAGAUAGGCAUGGUGCUGGCAGCGUUAUUGAUGAUCCCUGUAAUGUUGCUGGUGAAACCCCUCAUCCUAAAAGCCAGACAUAGUUCAAGGGUCAAGGCUGAUGCAAAAAGGCGAGAUAGGUUGUAUGCGACGUCACAGCGAACUCUGAUCCACAAUGAGGAACAACCAGAGCAGUCAGAUGACACUAAAGGGGUUAAGGGGGCCAGACCUGAGGCCCAUCUGUCUGACAUAGAACUCGGGGCAGUGACAGGUAAAAACAUGAACAUCAAUGGAGAGGAGGAGAGGGGCGUGGUCAGCCACUCUGAGGGCGGGAUACUAGGGCAUGAAGAAGAGGAAAAUAUUCCACAAUUUGAGUUUGGGGAAGUCUUCAUCUUACAAGCCAUUCACACCAUCGAGUACUGUCUGGGUUGUAUCUCGCACACAGCCUCAUAUCUCCGACUGUGGGCUUUGAGUCUCGCUCACGCUCAGCUGUCUGAGGUAUUGUGGAGUAUGCUGUUCCGUACGGGUCUAACAAUGGACCUUCCAUACGUUGGAGGGAUCCUUAUUUGGGCGAUCUUUGCAGCCUUUGCUGGAGUCACUGUGGCUGUUCUGCUGUUGAUGGAGGGACUUUCUGCAUUUCUACAUACAAUACGUCUUCACUGGGUCGAGUUCAACAGCAAGUUCUACGUGGGUGACGGGUACCAGUUUGCCCCCUACAGCUUUAAACAUCUCCUGGAUGCUGAUCUAGAUGAAUAAUGUGAACAGUCUUGUAAUUCUGGUGCUAAAUUGAGCAAUUCGGAACUUUCAUUCCUGAUCAAUUUUAUGUAUAAAUGUAUUAACAAUAAUCUUGAGCUUCCAAUUUCUGAAAUAUUACUGCUUAUGCAGGCCACGUAAGGGUACUUAGUGUAUACAUGAUCUGCUGUUCAUGAUGGAACUGUAGGAAAGAUACAUACAUGUAGUAUAUAGAACUGUACAUUUCAUAUCCUGCUAGAUUGACCUUCAUAACAUUAUCAGAGGAUUUCAAACGACAUCAGUGUUACUUACUGUUGAUGAAUGGAAUCAUGUUUUAAGUAGGUCAGAGGUCAAGGACAUUAAUUUCACAUAUUAAGUCCGAGGCAUUAAAGGUUGAUCAAGUGGUACUUUGAAAUGUCUGGAACCUCUUUGUGGUGAAUUAGUACAAAUUUCUGUGAUUAUUUUCGUAACCACAUUGAUAUUAAAGAAUUUUGGACAACAUUUA